UAAACCUGGUGGUGGCACAGAUGGGGGUAGUGGUGUGUGUGUAGUCAGCCGACGCAAAUCGCCCCAGGCCAGCGCUAGACGAGCGGUCAACCGUGACGAGUUACGACGAUCGGCCGAGACGAGGGUCAACAAGAGAGUUCGGGAAGGAUCGCCGACGUGAACAGAGCUCAGGGGCGUCACGAGAGUUGUAGUCAUCUGACCACCUAGAAACGUCGAGCGGCGUUCUGUCCGGUUCGAGAAGGCCAGUAGGGACCCUAUAUAAGAGCGGAGGCGACGCAGUCAAGACGGUUCAGAAAGCGGGUUCACGACAGGAGUUCAGAACACGGUCGACUACAGCACAGUUCAACGGUGUGGUUCUGUACGGAGCAUUACGACGGUUCAGUGCGGAGUACUGUCAAGUACAGUUGAGACGAACGGCGUCUUGAUCUUGGUCUGUGAUCGAGUCCGACACAACGAGCCCAAGUGUGUGAAGUCAGUCCCGAACUGUUGAACCCAGUGCAAGCCCGGAACGAGACGGAGAAGCCAGUGCAAGACUUGAUACGGCGGAACGGUGUUAUUGGAGAGAUAUUUGUUAUCGCAGAGCUAUUUGUACUGUUCUACGUGCUGCCAAUUGUACAGUAUUGGCUGUUAUUUAUGGACAUUAAACCAUUACGUUAUUUUGGAGCCCUGACUUGUCAAGUUCUUUAAGUUGGUGGUGUAUGGUGCAGUUUGCAGAGAGCCUGGAUAGUGAGAUUCGUAACAACUGGUGUCAGAAGUGGGAUCUGCAAUGGCUACUACGAAAACGCUAGACCAACUCCUUUUGAAGGAACUGAGGCGAGAGCUCCGUAAUCGAGAUCUGAAGAUGAGCGGAAACAAAGAAACCUUACAAGCACGCCUUCGGGAAGAUCUGGUGAAGGAAAAAGAAGAUCCGGACACAUAUCUUUUUGAAGUCGAACCGGACUUGCAGGAACAGAUGGCAGCUAUGCAGGGACAUAUGGCAGCUAUGCAGGGACAGAUCGUCAGUAGCAUACAGGAGCAGAUGGCAGCUAUGCGAGAACAGAUGAACUCGGGGCAAGAAAACACCAAUUACAAGAUAGACAAAAUGGACUCGGGAAUCAAAACGGAGUUAUUGGCAAUGAACCAACGCAUACAUGCUGUGGAGGAGAGAAUCACCACCAUUGAAGAACAGAUGAACCAGAGGGUCUACGCUGUUGAGAAAAAGAUCGAAGAAAUAAAGACGCAAGUUUACAGGGAUUUUACCAAGAUGCAGAAAGCAAAUGUGAUGUCGAUCGUACCCGAAGCUUUCAUGAAGGUAAAGCCUCCUGUGUUUGAUGGAUCCGUGUCCUGGUCCGUCUACAAGCUACAAUUUGACGCCGCGGCCAAAGUCAACCAAUGGAACAGCGAUGAGGAGAAAGCAACAGCCCUUAUAUUAUCCCUAAGAGGAAAGGCCUCCGAACUGCUGCAGUCCAUUCCAAACCCACAAGACUACGCUGCUCUCGUCAAGACGAUGGAGCUCCGGUACGGUGAUGAGUAUCUGUCAGAAUUGUAUCGAGUCAAAUUGAAGACCCGCCGACAGCAAUCAAAUGAAACCCUACGGGAGUUGGAGGCAGACAUUGCACGCCUCGCCCAUUUGGCUUACCCAACAGCCACGCAAGACCUCCUGGAAAUAAUCAUUACUGAUGCGUUUGCCGAUGCACUUCGAGACCCCGAACUGAAGAAGGCCAUCAGAGUUAGUGGCAAGCACAAAGCCAGUGAAGCCCUUGUGUACGCUCUCUUAUACCAAGCUGCUAAAGACGAGUCCGAGAAAAUUUACCAGGACCAGAGGCUGGAGGUUAAAGAUAAAGGUCGCAGGGAACUGAGAAAAACGAACGAGGCCCUAGAGAAAUGUAGAACUACCCAGAUACCACAAGGUCAACGUGGAGAAGGCUGA